AUGUCUGGACCUCUAUCUCCAAAACCAGUGUCGGGUUUAUUGAAGAAAAAAGCAAUGAAUGCCUCUGCCAAGUUGAGAAAUUCUUUGUCAAGAAGGAGUAGAAGAAGCAGUAUAGUCAUCGCUGUGGAAAUCGGUGAUGUGCACGACCUGCAGAUUUGCAGUCUGUUGAGGCCUUCCGUCAGGCACUCAUAUUGGAGGAGCUUCUUCCUUCCAAGCACGAUGAUUAUCACAUAA